AGCUGAUGGCCCGCGCCGAUUGACACCCGCGUCUUCCAAUCAGCAGCUUCCAAGGCUCUCGCCCGCAACUGUUUGGCGCGAGUUUGCUGGGUUCACGACGCUGCUGUAACGCGCCCGCUGGAGCGAGGAGGGGCUCGCGCUACGAUCCCCGCCCUUCCCUUCUCCCACUAGGAUCUGGUGGUCUCCCUUUCCCCGCUCAGAGAUCCCAGCCCCUCAGCAUCUCCCCCCGCCCGAUGGCGCUGAUGGCGGGCGUGAUCCGGCGGCUGGACGAGGUGGUGGUGAACCGCAUCGCGGCCGGCGAGGUCAUCCAGAGGCCGGCCAACGCCAUCAAGGAGAUGCUGGAGAACUGUUUGGAUGCCAAAUCUACCAGCAUCCAGGUGAUUGUUAAGGAGGGAGGUCUGAAACUCAUUCAGAUCCAAGAUAAUGGGUGUGGAAUCAGGAAAGAAGAUUUGGAUAUUGUGUGUGAGAGAUUCACUACAAGCAAAUUGCAAAAAUUUGAAGAUCUGGCUAGUAUUUCUACAUAUGGGUUUAGGGGAGAGGCAUUGGCUAGCAUAAGUCAUGUUGCCCAUGUUACUGUCACAACUAAAACUGCUGAUGCAAAGUGUGCAUACAGAGCAAGCUAUUGCGAUGGAAAACUGAAAGCGCCUCCCAAACCUUGUGCUGGAAACCAGGGGACUCAGAUCACGGUUGAGGAUCUUUUCUACAAUGUAACUACAAGGAGGAAAGCCUUAAAAAAUCCAAGUGAAGAGUAUGCAAAAAUAUUAGAAGUUGUUGGCAGGUAUGCCAUCCACAACUCAGGCAUCAGUUUUUCAGUUAAAAAGCAAGGUGAUACGGUGGCAGAUGUUAGAACCCUAUCAAAUGCCACAACAGUGGACAAUAUCAGGUCCAUUUUUGGAAAUGCUGUUAGCAGAGAACUGAUAGAAGUGGGCUGUGAAGAUGGAAAGCUGGCCUUUAAAAUGAAAGGCUACAUAACAAAUGCAAACUACUCAGUGAAGAAAUGCAUGUUUUUACUCUUCAUAAAUCAUCGACUGGUGGAGUCAACUGCUUUGCGGAAAGCUAUAGAAACUGUAUAUGCUGCUUAUUUGCCGAAAAGUACACAUCCAUUCCUGUACUUAAGCCUGGAAAUAGCCCCUCAGAACGUAGAUGUGAAUGUGCAUCCUACAAAGCAUGAAGUCCAUUUUCUUCAUGAAGACAGUAUCCUAGAGAGUGUGCAGCAACAUAUAGAGAGCAAAUUACUGGGCUCUAACUCUUCAAGGAUGUACUUCACCCAGACUUUGAUCCCAGGAGUUGAAUGCUCUUCCACUGAGGUUGUUAAAUCAGCAGCAAGCUCCUCUUUCACAGCUAAAGGAACAGGUGAUAAAGUCUAUGCCCACCAGAUGGUCCGCACCGAUUCCCGAGACCAGAAGCUGGAUGCUUUCCUUCAGCCUGUAAACAAACCCUUGAGUACAGUGCAUACAGCGCUGACCCUAGACGGUGGUACCGGACUUUCUGAUGGCAGAUCCAGACAGCAGGAUACUGAAAUGGAAGAUCUCAAUGACUUUGAUACAAUGGUUGCUGCACAGAGGGAUUCAGUGAUGACACCAGAGGGGCAGAAGGAAAGUGGAAGGCAGACUCCUGAAACAGCCCCUACUAGAAAGAGACAGUGGACAGGCUCUGAUGUGGAAAUGGAGGAAGAUGAUACUAGAAAGGGAAUGACUGCUGCCUGUACCCCUAAGAGAAGGAUUAUUAACCUAACCAGUGUGUUGACUCUGCAAGAGGAAAUUAGUAGCCAAGCACAUGCAAGUCUUCAGGAGAUGCUACGUGAUCACUCGUUUGUUGGUUGUGUUAGUCCACAGUGGGCCCUGGCACAAUACCAGACAAAGCUGUAUCUUCUCAAUACCACACAACUCAGCCAAGAACUCUUCUACCAGAUUCUUCUUUAUGACUUUGCAAACUUUGGAGUUCUGAGGUUGUCAGAGCCAGCUCCACUGUAUGAUCUAGCUAUGCUAGCCUUGGAGAACACUGAAAGUGGCUGGACAGAAGAAGAUGGCCCAAAGGAAGGACUUGCUGAAUACAUUGUUGAGUUUCUAAAAAAGAAGACUGAAAUGCUGAAAGACUAUUUCUCUCUUGAAAUUGAUGAGGAUGGAAACCUUACUGGAUUACCACUCCUGCUAGACAACUAUGUUCCACCAUUGGAGGGACUACCUAUGUUUAUCCUUCGCUUAGCCACAGAGGUAAACUGGGAUGAAGAAAAAGAAUGUUUUGAAAGCCUCAGUAAAGAGUGUGCCAUGUUUUACUCCAUUAGAAAGCAGUAUAUCGUGGAGGAAUCUGACUUGACUAGCCAGCAGACUGAAGAGCUUGGAUCUGGUUCAUCAUCAUGGAAAUGGACUGUGGAACAUGUUAUUUACAAAGCUUUCAGGACCCACCUUUUGCCUCCUAAACACUUCACAGAAGAUGGCAACAUUUUGCAGCUUGCUAAUCUGCCAGACCUGUAUAAAGUUUUUGAGAGGUGUUGAAUAUUUCAGUUGGAUGGACUCACUGGUAUAUCCCAUUGUUACAUACCAGGGGGAUAAAGCUGGAUGACUGUAAUGGAAGAAAGGAGUUUGUCAGACUGCCUUUCAGAAAUAAAACUGACUGUAUUCAA